GCGCCCGGGGGCUCCCCUUGUGUGUGCGUGUGCGUGCGUGCGGGGCCGGGGCCAUGGAGGAGCUGAGCAGCGUGGGAGAGCAGGUCUUCGCCGCCGAGUGCAUCCUCAGCAAGCGGCUCCGCAAGGGCAAGCUGGAGUACCUGGUCAAGUGGCGAGGCUGGUCCUCCAAGCACAACAGCUGGGAGCCCGAGGAGAACAUCCUUGAUCCAAGACUCCUCCUGGCUUUCCAAAAGAAGGAACAUGAAAAAGAAGUACAGAAUCGCAAGAGGGGCAAGCGGCCCAGGGGCAGGCCCAGGAAACACGUGGUGAGUGCUGCUUGUGUGAACUCUCCCUGUCUCUCCAUUGCUUUGCAGGAACCAGAGAUGCCUGCAAAAACUAAGUCAAGUAGCUCCUCUUCCUCCACAUCCUCCUCUUCUUCCUCCUCGGAUGAAGAGGAUGAAAGUGACCUGGAAGCAAAGAGAGGUCCCCGCAGCAGAGAGACUCACCCGGUACCGCAGAAGAAAGCUCAGAUCCUGGUGGCGAAGCCUGAAAUGAAAGACACUUCCAGGAAGAAGCGUGGGCGGAAACCUCUUCCCCCAGAGCAGAAAGCAGCUCGAAGGACCGUGAACCUGACAAAGGUGCUGAAAACGUCCCGGAAGGAGGUGGGCGGCAGCGGCAAGCUGAUGGGGAAGCUGCAGCCCCAGCACGGCUCACAGGGCUCGGGCAUGGCCAUGCUGAAGGACCCGCCGGGUGCCUUGGCUGGGCUCAGCUCCGGGGGUUCGUCUGCAGAAAACCUGCCCAACAUGAUGAAGAGCGGCUCGGCGAGUCCAAACCGGGCCAUCAGCUGGCAGAGCUCCAUCGUGCACUACAUGAACAGGAUGUCCCAAAGCCAGAACUCGGCAGAGACCUCGCCCCUGGGCAGGCUGGCACUGAAGUCCCAGGCAUCCAGUAAGAGUGGCUUAGGGCUGGACUUAAAAAUGAGGAGCCAGAAAGGAUCUGGGGAGCUUGGGCUGAGCAUGCAAGGACCCAAGACUGCUAAGGCUCCUAGCAGCGGCGCUGGAGGUGACCAGAAAUCAGGGUUUGCUGCGGGAGGCCAAAUGCUGCACAAUGGCAGCAAGACGCCUGCGAGCUCGUCCGGGGCCAGCAGCCAGCCGACCUCCAGUCAGGAGCUGAACCUCCAAGCUCUAAACCUGCAGAGUGUCAAAAAUGGGCCAAGCGUGGCCGGUGGGAGCAGCCUCCCUCGCCACCUUUGCAGCACCCUGUCCAAAGGCUCCGGCACGGCGGGGAGCGUGGGUGCCGGCGGUGCGAAGGGCGGCACGGCGGGUGCCGGGUUGAAUGCUGCCAGCGCCGGUGUGCUCUCAGGGGGGGACGGCGGCAAGAGCGAGAAGCAGGCACACCGGGCAGGCGACAGGGACUCGGCCAAAAGUGGCACAGCCGGCACGCAGGAUGGGCACGCGGCUGCGGAGAACCGCAAGCCGGCCGCCCUUUCCGAAAUGAGCACAGGCGAAGAGACCAGCUCAGAUUCGGACCGGGAUUCGGCUUCCUUCCCAGGCGUGGGUCAGAACAUGUCUGUCUCCAUCCAGACCAGCCAGGACUGGAAACCCACCCGCAGCCUGAUUGAGCAUGUCUUUGUCACCGACGUCACUGCUAACCUGAUCACAGUGACAGUCAAGGAGUCCCCCACCAGCGUCGGGUUUUUCAACCUACGGCAAUACUGAGCCCGGGACCAUGAGAGGAGGGAGAGGGUCCUUCAGCCUCUCCCUCAGCUUUGCCAAGCUCUUCCGUCAGGUUUUUCUUUCUUCAAGUGAACACGUGAGACCUGCUGGGACUCGUGUCUAGAGAGGCUUGAGAAAGACGCGGUGAAACCUGCUCAGAACUGCCAGCGGGUCGAUGGAUCCCUCCUGGCUUCUCUCCAUCCUCUCCCGGAGCAGUGCCCUGAGCGGAGGUGGCUGAUGCCAUUCUCCGGGAGCAGGGGCACCGGUGCUGCCGGGGCUGACAGGCUGGCAAGUUUUGAGCCAGGCUUCACUGUACGCGGGUUUCUUUGCUUUACAGCUUGAAACAGCAGAUGACAAGGUCUGCAGCUCUCCGGCAGCAGGGAGAGGGUGUGGAGCUGCGAUGGGCCAGGCUUAUACUCGGGAGAGGAAAAGGAGAUCCUUUUCUUUCCUCUGGGCUCUCUGUGAAUCUGUCUGUGAGUCGUGGGGAGUCGCAAGUCAAUCCAAAUGAGACAGCCGCUGCUCCCAGCCCUCGGGGGCUGCUGGGGGACGGCUGUAUACGGGGGUUUUUCAGGGUACAUUCAGCCCAGCCACCCCCCUGGGCGAGGUCACUUCCAAUGAUGGUGAAGCCCACGUUUCUGUUGGGGUUUCCAGCUGAUAGGGAAAUAUUGUUUACAUAUUUUAUUAAGGAAAAUUCUUUUUUUUUUUUUUUUGAGGGAGGGGAAUAAACCCAGUCUAGGGAAGACUGAAUCCUGGAUGCCACUGAUGAGACGGGCGUCAAAGGUGCCUCUUUCAGAGCAAGGGGUGGCUGGCAGUGGGUACCUCCUUGCUGCCCGGGGAGGGUCCUGCCUUGGGAGCCAGCAAGAGCCGCUGGCUUCUUCGCAGUGACUUGAUUUUCAGAGGAAAGCAAAGCCCAGAUUGUUGUGCAGCACAGGGAGCCCCAGCGCCGCUCCUCUGCCUCAUCCCAGCAUCGCCAGCGUCUCCCCCUCCCAUUCAGCAGUUUCCAGGCACUCGUAGGGACCGAGCUGGGAAUACUUUUUAAGACUUGCAGAACAUGCGAACCCUUCCAGCGGCAGGUAGGUUGGUACUCAGACUGCCAGGUGUCUGCAAGGUCGGUGCUGCAGUUCAGUUAAAAACAGAGCCGGGGGUGAGUGAGCUCUCCCUGCUGGGACCCCAGCUGGACCCAGCCUUGGAUGCUCGCUGGGUUUGACUCACACUGAUCAUCCACGUUUUUCUCCAGCUGGAGGGCUCAGAAGCUGGUCGAGGACACCUGCAUGGGUGAUCUGGAGCGGUGCAAAAGGGAAGGAGAGGAGAAGGAGAAGGGGCAGGGCCGGACAGUGCCAGCGGGUUCCUCAGGCCACUGUUCCCCAAGGAGCCGGAGGGCUUGCGGCAGCCGUUCGCCUUCAUCUUGCCAUCCUGUGCCAGCAGCUGGGGUUCUCAUUUUGGCUUGUAAUUGCAACCAGUAAUGGCUUUUUUACGGAGGUCUUUUUCCCUACUGUAGAUUACUCUUACAAACCAAAAUUAGCAGCAGUAGUUCAGGCAGAGUUUAGUAGCAUUUGAGGUCAUUUUAGUUCUGUUAAUGCUGAACUCCUUUCUCAGAGGAGAUAAGAAGCCUGCAGUCUGCCUGGUCUCGGUGCGUGGUUAGGAGGUGCCUCCAAAGGGCUGUCCCGCCAGCAUCUCCGGGGUGGGUGCUCAGUGUGUGCGUGAACAGGCACCGCUUCGGGGGUCACCGCUUGCUGGGUGACUGACCUGGCACCAGGACAGGCAUCUUUGCCACAGGCAGGGACACUCGCUGUGUCAUCACACACAGGAGUGCGGAGAUAAAUGGACCAAACUGAAGGUACAGGUACUUCUGACCCCCCCCCCGACGCAUCAGCUCACAGUGGUCGCGUUUGCUGCCGCUGGCUGGCAGCAGUGCAAUUCUCAGGUGAAAUGAAAAGCCAGCGCUGGCUGCACGUCCUGCCCGGUUGUUCAAGGGAUGGAUGGUUGUUCCCCGCACGGUGGCUGCAGCCUCUGCCAGGGCAGGCUCCUGUGCUCCAGAGAUGCUCUCCUUUAGCUUUUGUAUUUAAUCACCAGCCGUCCUGUUGGUCGUGGCUUUGAGUUUGUUGUGUUACAGAGCUGAGCGUGGCGUCCUGCGUGAGCCGACAAUGUGCCGGCGAGCCGGGGCGAAUAGAGCCGUAUAGUUGCCUUGCAGCAGGACCUGUGCAGGCUUCUCAGCCAGCUCCAGCUCUAGCCCCAGUGCAGCCAGGCAGCCUUGAAUGUCACCUGGCCACGGCGUUGGGCAACCUGGGGCAGGUGGUUUGCAGAGGACUGGUGCAGCCCUGCUCUGCUGCUGGCCGCCCAGCCCAGCAAUUUGCUGCGUGUUGAUCUGCCAGGCAAAGGGCCGAGGGAGGAGGAGGGAGCCUUGUCCAUGGAGGAUGUUCCCAAGGACAGAGUUUCCGUCGAGCUCCACGAUGCCAAAAUGUCACAGUCUGUGCUGUUUACCUUCUAGACUUUAACUUUGCCAAACAAGCUACCGUUGCUUUGAACAGUCCAAGGAGACGUUAGCCUGUGUCAGCAGAAACGAAUGCUCCGGGCACGGUUUCUGCUGGGUGUGCUUUUGUGCUGGGGAUACGAGCAUUUUGGGAGAAGAAUCAAGGAAUCUGGGAGCGCGGGGGUAACGCUCUUCCUCACACACCAAAUGUUUGCUACUUGGCCUUUGCAAAUCCAAACUGAACGACAAUGUGCCUUUCGGACCGUCCUUAUCUCAGCCUUGUCUGCGACACCGGUCCCACGACAGGUUUGUGCCUAUGCAAAGCAGGGUGGUCACAGGGUCCUGGGGACAGCCGUGACACCGAUAGGGGAGAGGUGCCCUGGUCCCCAGCGGGACACCCAGCCGUCGCACAGAGCCCUGCCGCAGCGCUGAAGGCAGACGAGGGAUUCCCGCCGAGGGGAAGCCGGCCCAGCAGGGAUGCUCUUGCCUAGAGCAGUAGAAUGUGGCGGCUGGUGUCCCCAAGGGGGGAAAAAGCAUCUGAGGAUGCUCCAAGAAGGGGUCAGGCACCAAGCAUCCACAGAGGGUGCAGGAGACGAGCUGCGACAGUGGGUGCUGUGCUCGCUGCACGCCGGCUCCAAGACGGCUGCUCCCCGCCAGAGCCCCCAUCGAAGCUCACAUGCAUUUCUCUGUGCAGGGGCUUGCUCCUGCCCCCCAGCCAGGCGAGGGGUCACUGGGCCCAGGCUUGUACCUGGGGGAACACGUAUCCCGAUGGCGAGCGGCUUUCCUCCAUCACCCACCCUUCCCAGGCGUGUCCCCCCUCCUGGUAGCGGCAGGACUCUGCUGUCACCACUUGCUAUUGUGCCUUUUGCUCACCAGCUGGUUCAAUUCCAAAGGUCUAAGGAUGGUGAAAAUGAUAACCCAGAAAUUUUUCUGACCUUCAUCUCCUCCUGCGUUCCUUCCCCAGCCCCUUCCUGACCUCGUGUUUCAGGAUCUCGGCUCUCCCAGCAGCGCUGGGGUGUCUGAGCGAAGGGUUCCUGUUGGAGUUUGCCUCUGAAAGGCACAUUAUGUGAGUGAUUUACUGUAAUCUUUUGUGGACAGGGGUUGAAAGCCGGUGCAGACCCUGUUUACCAGUCGGUACCAUUAGUAUUCAAGGUCUACCUUCCCCCCCCCCCCCCCUUUUUUUUUUUUAAGUUUGCUGCUAUGGGUUGGAGUGUUCAGCUGGGUGUCAAACAGCCAAUUAAAGGUUUGUCACUUGUCAUUUUCUAAGGGGUUUCCGAUGUGGAAAGUCCUGCAGUAUUUGUAUAUUGAAUGGAUAUUUUCUCCAGGCAUAAUCUGGUUAAGCAUACUUGUUGUUUUCCAUUGGACUGGAAGAGGUGGCCAAUUCAGCCAUCUUCCCUAGAAACUUAGUCUAUUUUUAUAUAUAUAUUUUGUACCAAAAAAACUGGAGCUGGUGGAGGGAUGGGGAUAGUUUAGGGGGUUUGGUUUGCGUUGAGUUUAUGAGCUGGGUGUGAAGGGCUCCAGAGCUGGAGAGGAGGUUUUUACUGAAAGAGAUUGAGGGAUGGGUGAAAACAAACAAUUGUUCUUGUAACUUGUGCCAGUCACUGGUCUGAUUUGUAUGUUUUAAUUAAAGAGAGAGCCAAAUCAUUCCUGUAUGACACUUAUAAUUGCUUUAAACUACAGCUGUUUGUUUGCUUUUAUUUUCAGAGAACAAAAGUUGGAGAUGUUAUUACCCUGGGAAAGCGUAAGGGCUUUGUCGAGCAGGACAGGCGCCCAGCCCGCCGAGCGACGCAGGGCUGCGGGGCCACGGUCACCGCUCCCCCCGGGGCCUCCGGUCGCCCUCCCGGCACCUCGCUUGCCUUUUGUGCGGUGUGUUUUCUAGUGCUUCUGGACACUAACGCUAGUGUAGACCCACGACCUCUAGGCUGCUUUUAAUUUAUUUGCAGGAAAACACUAGGAGAUGGUUACGUCGGGUGGGGUUUUUUUGUAUAA